GUCCCAGUCCCAUUCAGGGAAGCAGCCCCGGCGGCCAGCAGGGAGCUCAGGACAGAGCAGGCUCCCUGGGAAGCCUCCGGGUGAUAGGGGUGUUCCAGCUGCGGCGCUCUGGGGGUUCAGAGGGGGAUCUUGAAUGAACAAAUGAAUGAACUGCUUUCUGGGCAAACAGCCACAGCCAGAGGAGCCUGUGAUUGGCAGAAAGAAGCCAGGGUGUGCAAGUCUCCCCAACAGCCUCGAGUGGCCUGCAGUCACAGGGAACCCUCAGGAAGACCUUCCGGGCAGAGACCAGAGGGAAGCCCAUCUCUCCAGCAGAACUGCUUGGAUUUUUCUACCAGGAGGCUCAGGGCUCUGCAACAAUGAUAGCAGAAGCUGAUGGCAUCUAGAGACCUAGGCUGGGACUAGCACAGCAUCACUUCUACCACUUUCUGUUGGUCACAGCAACUCACCAUGCCAGUGCAGAUUCAAGGGGAGGAGAAAUAGAGUCCACUUCUUGAUGGGAGGCGUGACAUGUGUUUCUAGCUGUGUACAGGGACUGAUUGGCUGAGGACUCACAUUGGAGAGCUGCAGACAACAUAACGGUGAAUGAGAAUGGAGGAUGAAGAUUACAACACUUCCAUCAGUUACGGUGAUGAAUACCCUGAUUAUUUAGACUCCAUUGUGGUUUUGGAGGACUUAUCCCCCUUGGAAGCCAGGGUGACCAGGAUCUUCCUGGUGGUGGUCUACAGCAUCGUCUGCUUCCUCGGGAUUCUGGGCAAUGGUCUGGUGAUCAUCAUUGCCACCUUCAAGAUGAAGAAGACAGUGAACACGGUCUGGUUCCUCAACCUGGCAGUGGCAGAUUUCCUGUUCAACGUCUUCCUCCCAAUCCACAUCACCUAUGCCGCCAUGGACUACCACUGGGUUUUCGGGACAGCCAUGUGCAAGAUCAGCAACUUCCUUCUCAUCCACAACAUGUUCACCAGCGUCUUCCUGCUGACCAUCAUCAGCUCUGACCGCUGCAUCUCUGUGCUCCUCCCUGUCUGGUCCCAGAACCACCGCAGCGUUCGCCUGGCUUACAUGGCCUGCAUGGUCAUCUGGGUCCUGGCUUUCUUCUUGAGUUCCCCAUCUCUCGUCUUCCGGGACACAGCCAACCUGCAUGGGAAAAUAUCCUGCUUCAACAACUUCAGCCUGUCCACACCUGGGUCUUCCUCGUGGCCCACUCACUCCCAAAUGGACCCUGUGGGGUAUAGCCGGCACAUGGUGGUGACUGUCACCCGCUUCCUCUGUGGCUUCCUGGUCCCAGUCCUCAUCAUCACAGCUUGCUACCUCACCAUCGUCUGCAAACUGCAGCGCAACCGCCUGGCCAAGACCAAGAAGCCCUUCAAGAUUAUUGUGACCAUCAUCAUUACCUUCUUCCUCUGCUGGUGCCCCUACCACACACUCAACCUCCUAGAGCUCCACCACACUGCCAUGCCUGGCUCUGUCUUCAGCCUGGGUUUGCCCCUGGCCACUGCCCUUGCCAUUGCCAACAGCUGCAUGAACCCCAUUCUGUACGUUUUCAUGGGUCAGGACUUCAAGAAGUUCAAGGUGGCCCUCUUCUCUCGCCUGGUCAAUGCUCUAAGUGAAGAUACAGGCCACUCUUCCUACCCCAGCCAUAGAAGCUUUACCAAGAUGUCAUCAAUGAAUGAGAGGACUUCGAUGAAUGAGAGGGAGACCGGCAUGCUUUGAUCCUCACUGUGGAACCCCUCAAUGGACUCUCUCAACCCAGGGACACCCAAGGAUAUAUCUUCUGAAGAUCAAGGCAAGAACCUCUUUAGCAUCCACCAAUUUUCACUGCAUUUUGCAUGGGAUGAACAGUGUUUUAUGCUGGGAAUCUAGGGCCUGGAACCCCUUUCUUCUAGUGGACAGAACAUGCUGUGUUCCAUACAGCCUUGGACUAGCAAUUUAUGCUUCUUGGGAGGCCAGCCUUGACUGACUCAAAGCAAAAAAGGAAGAAUUCUCAAAAGCAUUGCCAUGAACUGGGAUUGGCAUAGGGCGGUGGGAUUAAGCUGCCUAUUGUGUGUGCCCCAGAAAUGACACUCUCCAAGGUCCAUUCCUGGUGUGAGCAGUGAGGGGGUCAGAGCAAACCCAGUGUGAUGCAGAUCACACUUGGCCCUUGUAUAUCUAUUAUCAGUAGCUGGCCAGAAAACCCUACCUUCAAGUCACUGCUCUGUGUUAAAGUAUGUGGAAAUGCGUAGGUGAUCUGGGAGAGGAAGGUGACAUAUCAGCCCAUGAACUCCAUAGGCCAUGAAUUUGGCUUUCGGAUCAGCUAGGAAGACAGAGAACUGGUCCUGAGAGGCCCUGUGGGCUCUUUGCAAGGGCAAGACAAGUGAGGGAUGCAACGAGGACUUGAGAUUUGGCAAAGGAAUGAGAAAGGAGAAAAGAACCUUUAAAGGAUGCAGGCAUGGAGCAGCUCACCCUAGAACAUCGCAGGCUGAUGGUGCUUUAGGCUGGAGCUAUUUGGGGGGUCAGGGUGGUGCCAGCCCCUGAUCUCACCUUGCCCCUCUUACCUGGGGGUGGGGUUGUGGCAGGCAUCUUCACCAGCAGCCCUCACCCCAUCACAGGGAUUUUUUUCUGCCUUUCCUAAUCCACUCAGCUCUGGCUGGAGGUGCUUAGAAUAAAACACUGGUGGUGGGGCUUCUCAUUCUGGUUAAUUUCCUCAACGCCUUUGGAGACAGGUCCAAAAUGCAGCUUUGGGAAGCAACUCCGGAGAGUCCCCUGGGAAGAAGAGUAUGUCCGAGGACUCAGUCACUUGAGACAGAGUCUGGAGCUGGACUCCUUGAACUGUGUUUCUGAGCUGCAGACACCAAAUACCUCCUGGAUACAGGUGCCUGGCAUGGCUUUUCUCAUCUAAUACUGACACGUCCCUGUGGCCACAGAGUGUCAUAGCCCCAUUUACAAAUGACAUAGCUGAGGCCCAGAGGGGGAAAGUAACUUGCCCAGCAUCACACAGCUAAUCAGUGGCAGAGUUAAGAUCUGAACCUGGCUCCGUCUGGCUCCAGAAACUCUGUUCUAUUUGGAAUUUAUCUGUGGAGAUUAUUCUAGUAUAUUGAUAGCCUACAUUUAUUUAGCACUUUUUAUAUUAUGCACUUUACAUAUGUUUUCUCAUUUAAUCAUUACAGCAACCCUGAGUUAGGUAUGGUUAUAACUUCCCUUUUACAUAGGAGGAAUCUGAGGCUUAGAGAGGUUAAGUAACUUGCCCAAAGGUACCCAGCUAGUCUCUGCCGGAGCUUGGAUUUGAACUUCAGUUUGCCUGGCUCAAAUGAGGCUGCAGAGUUGGGAAGGACUUAAAAAGUUUGGAGAUUUUUGCCAUAAAUAUUGAUUUUUCUGCAAAUGAAUAUGAACAUCUUAAUGGCCUUUAAGAAACUUUGCAAAUAGUUUUCAAAAAUGAUGCAACAUGGCAGAGAAAAUGCACUUGGCUUCCAGCUCCCUCAACAGCCAUUAACAGCCUCCUACCGUGGCUCCCACCUCCUAUGUCUCCAGAGAUCAAGGCAAUGGGGAGGGAAGGCUGGCAGGAGGCAGUCCCUUGUGGGCCUGAGGCCCUUUGGCUCCUAAGUGUCCACAUUCUGUUCUCUUCCAAGUCCCUUCAUUGUUAAGCUGAUUCUCCAACAAGAUGCAAUGAACAGAUGCAAUGUCUACCCCGCGCUGGGCGAGUUCCCGAGGCCAUGGGCUGUUUGGAAUCACACUUCAUUAAGAGACAAACUGUUCCUUCCCUUAUUGUGCCUUAAUGCUUAUGACAAGGCAGCUCUGAAUUGACCCCAAGCUGGAGCCUCUGAAUGCUUUGAAGAGUUUGAAUAUAGAUGGUUUGAGAGCAAAAAGGGAGCUUUAAAUAUUGCUCAGUGGCCCCCAUCUCCCCUCUUCCCACAUUUACUGAGGCACGAGAUGGGAUGGGACCUGUCCCGGGUCACAGCAGCAGUCGUCAGCGACUUGGCCCUCCUGGCUUGUAGGAUGCUGCUUUUCCUGGGCUUUUGGCAGUCCAGGCCAGGAUAGGGGAGGCAGGAAUUCAUGUUGUCAUUGGAAAAGCUGAUAAACAGGAGCACAAUUCAAACCGGCUGUUUUCCUCCUUAGAGUCUGGCCUCCCUCUUUCUGGCUGCUCUGUGGGUCUUCCUGUUCUGACUUAGGUUCCUGUCAAGUACUUAAAUGCAGCCUUAACAUCCCAUACAGUCUUGUCCCCACAGCUUCAUGUGAACAUCUCCAUGGGUCAUGCAUAUAUCGUCCCUGCAGUGUGCAAAGUGUGCUCACCUGCAUUGCUGCACAGGCAACCAACACACUUAGUGCCCAGAGCCUUCUCUCUGGGCCCAGGACUCAGUGAUGGGGCCUUACUUAGCCCUGCCUCCUGGGUGGGGUGGGGGAGCUGAGGGAUCGUGAGGACAAGAGGUAGAGGGAAAAGAAAAGAAGACGGUGUUUGAGGAUAGGGGAGGGACAGGAGAGGGGACAGAAAGGUCCCAGAGCAUGAUGAUGAAGGAAAGGGAUCUGGCAUUCAUGAAGCACCUACGAUGGUUCAGGCACAAACACUGAAACCUCAAAUUGGCCCUGGCAGAAGGGGACCAUCAUAGCAAGGUGGGGGAGGGGGGGUGCAGAAAGUGAGUUUCUGUUUCAAGAACAGACUUCACUAGUUCAGAGUUGCACAGCUAGUGAGGCAUGGAGCUGGGCUUUGAAUCAGGUCAGCUGCCUGAAUGCCCAACUUCUUCAGCCCUUGGAAGGAGAGGGUGGGGAGAAGAAGAAGGAAAAGACAAGGAAGAAAGAAAGAAGAGAGAAGGGGAGAGGAAUGGAAGUCCAAAGAGUGGGAGGAAUUUGAUUUCAGAACCAUCUCCAGCUGACCCUUGAGCCAGCAAGGACAGGGAGAAGGGAAGAGCAAGAACACGAAGGGCCUCAAGCACCGGGAUGCCUUUGCCAGCCUUAGAUAAUUCCCAGAGCGCACAGAGCCCUGCAGGUUCUCUGGGUCCUUCUCCAGAGAAGAGGCACAGAGAUUCUGGCAGCAAGGUUCAGAAGGGGUGAGGAAACUGGGCACUGACAAAGGGAGGGGAUUGGCUCAAAUUUGACCCCAGAGUCAGCUCUGGUGGGGUUGGGAGCCUGGAUGGGUGGGAGAAGAUAGAAUCCAAUCGUGAAAACCAUAAGGGACCUUCAAACUCAUCUUGCCCAGAUGUCUCCCAUUUCACAGAUGAGGGAACUGAGGUUUUGAGAGCUUCCCCUGAGGACUCUGCAAAACGAGGUGGUGUCUGGUUUGGAUGAAAGUGGUCGGUGAUUCCUCAACUCCUGCCCUGCCUCCCUCUCUCAUUCCUCCCUAACAUGUUAUGCUCUUGUUGGGGCUGGGAUGCCCUAGGCCCAUGGUUACCAAAUCCUGGGUUUGGAAAAUUGCUGCUGGGGGUGGUAUCUAGGACCAGAGAGGAAUCUACUAUUUCUACUGUGAAAUAAUUCAGCAGGGGGUCUGCUUACUUCUUCCCCUUGAGGACAAAGUUUCUCUCGAAUAAAGAGACUGAAGCAAGA